AUGGACUUUCCCCCUAGUUAUCAUCCAAGAGAAGAUUCUGACAACGAUUAUUUACCAGCAAGCGAUUCUGACUCUGAUAUACGUUCUCCAAAACGCCUUCGUAUAGACAUACUUGAACGUGAAACGAAUAUGAGAAUUGGACAAAUUGGAAAUGGAGUAGGAGAAGAAAGGAUUCGAAGACGUGAGAUCGUCAGGUUAAUGGUGCAAGCAAUGCAAAGCAUGGGUUAUAAUCAAGCCGCUACAACCUUAGAAAAUGAGUCUGGCUUCCCUCUCGAAAGUAAAGAUGUUGCAAGAUUUAAAGAUGGUGUUUUAAAGGGCGACUGGACAUUGGUAGAAAGUCUUCUUCCAACUUUGGAAUUGGAUAAUAAAUCUAGUCAAUUAAAAAUGGCCCUAUUUGUAUUAAGAACUGAACUUACACCGCUUGAUUUUAAUUUGGAUCGAGUUCAUGUUUUAUCUAGUUACAUUAUGUAUUCAAAUGCUGAAGAUUUAAGAUUUCAUUCUGAAUGGGAUGGUGCUAAAGGAACAUCACGCCAAAAAUUAUUGCUGGAACUUCAAAGAUAUAUUUCACCUUCAAUUAUGGUUCCUGAACAUCGUUUAGAAACACUGCUAGAACAAUCUAUAACUCUGCAGCGUAUAUCAUGUCUUUAUCAUAAUACAGAUCAAUAUAUAUCUUUAUAUUCUGACCACGCUUUUACAACUCAUAUUUUCAAUCGUCAUACUGAUGAAGUUUGGUAUGUAGCAUUUUCAAACAAUGGAAGAUUUUUGGCUUCAGCAUCAAGAGAUAAAACUGCUAUCAUAUGGAGUCUUGAGACUUUGGAUGUUGUUCAUACUCUAAGAGAACAUACAGACUGUGUUUCAUUUUUAUCUUGGUCUCCGGAUGAUUCAAAUUUAUUAACUUGUGGACAAGAUAAUAAAUUAAAACUUUGGAAUGUUGAGUCUGGUAAAUGUCUUAAAACAAUGCACAAACAUGUUGAUCCUGUAACCACAUGUGCAUGGCUACCAGAUGGUAAAAGUUUUAUAUCUGGUAGUCAAGAUAAAAAUACUUAUUUAUGGAAUUUGGAUGGAACAGUUUUGUAUGGAUGGAGUGGAGUUAGAAUAAUGGAUUUAGUAAUAAAUAAAGAUGGAACAAGAAUGGCUGCAAUAUGUCAUGACAAGAAAAUCCACAUAUAUGACCUUAUUUCAAAGAAAGAAGAAGCAACCAUGGAUGAAAGUGCCAAUGUUACUUCUAUUUGUUUAUCAAAUGAUUGUAGAUAUGCAUUAGUUAACCUCUCAACUGAAAAAAUUCACUUAUGGGAUAUUGAAGAAAGACGAUUGGUUAAAAAGUAUUAUGGACAAAAACAAGGCAAAUUUGUUAUCAGAUCUUGUUUUGGAGGAAUAGAUCAAGGAUUUAUUGUUAGUGGAAGUGAAGACUCAAAAAUAUAUGUUUGGCAUCGAGAACAUGCUACAUUAAUAGAAGCACUGCCAGGUCAUAAGGGAACUGUGAACAGUGUCAAUUGGAGUCCAGUAAAUUCUUACAUGUUUGCUUCAGCUGGAGAUGAUCAUACUAUUAGAAUAUGGGGUAUCCCAAAUGCUGCAGGCUAA